CGCGCGAGGGGCGCUGGCGAGGCAGUGGGAUGGGCUCGCGGCCGCGUGGCUGCGGCGCCCCCAGGGUCCUGCGCUGCCCCGGGCCCCUGCUCUGCUCCCUGCACGUCCACGGGCCGCCCUCCCACUGGGGACAGCGCUGCGGAGUGGAGACGCUGCGGGCCCAUUUACGGCUGGGGAGACGGAGGCCUGCGCUUGGGUCUCCGGGAAGCCGAGCUCCCAGCGCUGGCCGCUGUGGUCCCGCCCUCGCGCCCUCUGAGCUGCGCGGGCUCUCAGCGCGGGUUGGCCAGUUUCGGGGCGCCGGUCCGUUUGGGGGCCAGAGGGGCACGAGGCGAGACCCGGGACCUUCCAGGCCCCGAGCAGCCGCCUUCCCCAGUAAUCCCGCGCGAAAAGCACACGGCCGGCUUGGUGUGGACUCCCCCCUGGUGCCCACGGGAGGCAGGGCCUGGCGGGUGGGGGGCAGCCGGGAGGCCGCCGCGUGGUUCCAGGACGGGCGGAAGGUGGCCCUCCACCCUCCACCCUGCCUGGCCUGAGCCCCGCAGGUGUUCUGGGGAACCUCAUCGCAGGCGCUCCGACCCCUCUGCUCCCAGGGGAGGAGCGGAGGGAGGCCUGAAGCACUUGCCAAGGCCGCACACCUGGAGGGGAUAGAGCCUUCCCCAGCCGCUGGCCACAGCUGGACCUGCCCUGAGCUGGGGGCAGGAAGGGCUGGGGCGGGAACUGGAGGCCCACGCAGGUCGCCCGCGGUGUCUGCGGCCUGUGCCUCUGGGGCCACCUGGCCAGGGAGGGCAGGAGAUGCCCCGCACAUCCCUGAAUGGCUGCAGGGCAGGUGAAGGAGAAGGCCCUGUUUUUUGGCCCCAAGGGCAGCACUUGGCCCUGGAGAGUCCUGCAGGAUUGCAGGAGGAAGGCAGGGCACGACAAGGGGGCGUCUGCGCCCCGCUGACCUCAGUGGGGCGGGCCUCCGGUUCCUUGCCUCACCUCUGUUUCCAUCUACAGGAGCUCAGCUGUGGGAUCAUCCCCAGACUGGCACAGCCCAGUCACAAAGCCAGAGCCGCACCCUGCAGGAAUGGCCCCUCUUACAGGGAAGGGGCAUGGCCUGGGUGGCCCCGCAGGCCCUCUGGCUACCGAACCUCCCAGCUCCCCCGCGCCCCUUUGGAGUUCUGACCCCGCAGGUGCACCCGUGUCUCCUGGACGCAGAGGCUGCCCUCUGAUUGGGUUGAGCACCUUGGGCUGAAUCCCUCAUCCGUGGACCAGGCAGCCUGGCAUCGCCAUGUGGAGCCGCUGAGGUGAUCAUGUGUUUUGGUCAAUGCUUAGAUAACAGUUUGAGAUGCCGCUCUGGCCCCUGGGUUCAUGGCUCCACGUCUGAUUCUGAGGAGGAGGCUUUGGCUCCUUCUUUGGAUUCACGCUUGGUUCUAGGGAUGGGCCCCUGACAGGGGGCCUGCUCUAGGAGGCAUCCCCCACCGCGGUCCUGGCUCAGGACUGCUUUCCCCACUCUUCUCAUCUGCACCCUGGGCGACAAAUCCCAGCCUCACAGUGGGAGGGGCCUGGGCGGGACCCGAAACAAAGUGUCCCAGUGUCUGCUGUUCCUGGGCAGGUGGGGCUUGGGGGUCCCCCACGGUUCAAGCCUUGGCUCUAGGCCUUGGCUGGGCCGUGUAAUGGCACCCGCGACCCUCAGUUUCCUCACUCACUGGGGCUUCGAAGGCCUCUGGUGCCCCGAGGGUCCUUCCUGAGGACGACUUGAAUAUGGCGGUCCUAUCCUGGGAUGGCCGGCAGGUGGCAGUGACAGCCCAUCUGCUCUCCACCGGGCUCCCCAGUAGAGUUAUAGGGGAUUAGGCAGUGAGUUUUGUCCCAAAGGGAAUCGAAUCUAGAUCAGAACCUCUGGCGAAGUGGAGCGACCAUCUGCCCGAAACAGCAGAGGGAAGGAAGCGCCUGGAGGGGGUCUCAGGGAGGUGGGACGGGAGUCGGGUCUCCAUGUCCUUCCUGGCUGACCAGGCAACCUGGGAGCUCUGGCUGGUUCCAGGGUUCUGGGGUGGGGCAUGGGGGGUCCUGCCAGGGGAGGGGGAGUUUGCCGCUUGGCACCCUUGCCUCCCUGUGGCAGCCUCCUCUUGAGCCCUUGGGACUUUUCACAAACCCUGUCCCUCUCUUGUUUGGGGAUCGAGGUCAGGAAGCCGGAGGCUGUGGAUUUUUCUUUUUUUUUUUUUUGAGACAGAGUCUUGCUCUGUCGCCCAGGCUGGAGUGCAGUGGUGGGAUCUCGGCUCACUGCAAGCUCUGCCUCGGGUUCGCACCAUUCUGUUACCUCAGCCUCCUGAGUAGCUGGGACUACAGGCGCCCGCCACCACGCCUGGCUAAUUUUUUGUAUUUUUAGUAGAGACGGGGUUUCACCGUGUUAGCCAGGAUGGUCUCGACCUCCUGACCUCGUGAUCCGCCUGCCUCAGCCUCCCAAAGUGCUGGGAUUACAGGUGUGAGCCACCGUUCCUGGCCAAGGCUGUGGAUUUUAGGGAGAGCAACCACAGGCGUUGGGCAGAAGUGGCCAACAGGGCCCAGCCCCAGUCCUGGGUCUCUUGACAGCCACGUGCCAGGCCCCAGCAGGGGUUCACCACAGCCUUUAAACCGAGCAUUAUUCUUGUUGGCAGCACCUUACAUCCUUCUGGAGGAGCCUGUUCUUGAAUCAGUAAGCCCCGAUAUGCCUCACCAUCUCUUGCCACUCAGCCUAUGUACCGCCUGGCUUCAAAACCAGGCUGCUGCGGACGCUGCACAACAGUGCUUCCUGGCUGGCCUCUGACAGCAGCCUGCUGUGCCCUCCGGCGGCCCUGCCAUUUACAGGGGGCUCUCACACCCAUUCCAUCUGAACUUCCCUGGGCUUCCGUCUUCUGGUCUGUGGAUGGGACUGGGUAAUAAUCAGCUGGUAUUUAUUAAGAGCCUGCUUUGCUCCUGCCCAGUGCACACAUCGUCUGGGGUCUGGUCACAGUGCAGGUCUGGGUGGAUGGGCCUGGGCCGAGGUCCAGUUCUGCAUUUCCAACAAGCUCCCAGACCAAGCCUGCGCCGGAGCAGGGCUCUCAGCCUCGCCCAUCACACUCACCCACUUCCGCCCAGCAGUAGCAGGUGUGUUGUCCCAUCCGGCAUCCUUCCUCUGGAGGGCCUGCGCUGCUCCGCUAACCCCAGUUCCAGUGCUCUGGGGAGCUCAGAGGCCGGGGAGGAGAGGGAGCUCAGGGUGCAGCACCACCGUUUGUAUCCUCAUCCCCCCACUAACACCCAGUGCGGUGGGCAGCCCUGCAGGUGAUCUGAUGCACCAGCAGGUGCUGCCCCCUCUGCCCUCUCUGGUGGGGUGUGAGCACCACCAGAACAGGGGACUGCUGUGCCUGGGUUGCUGCCUGGCACCCAGCGGCCUCUCAGGACCCCGAGGAGCGCAGGGUGGGCCCAGGAGCUGGACACAGCAGGUCGGGGUCCAUGGGUGGGCAGGUGCAUGGAGCGUAGAGCAGGAGUGGGCACUGGUGCUGCUUGAGGGGAGUGGCUCCUGCCCAUCGUGGCAGUUCUGGCUUCAGGGGUGUGGCCAUGUCCCCUCCCUUCUCUUUAGCUAUACAUGGGUUUGGGGAUUGAGGAAGGGCCGCCCACAAGCUGGCCCCGAGUACAGGGACAGGACCGUAGGGUGCGGCCCUUGGGAAGCCCCUUGCAGCGCCAGCCACAAACCAGGAGAACGGGUUCGUCCGCCUGGCUGGAGGCCCUGGGAGCUGCACUCCACCCGUCUGUGGCAGACCCAGGACCUGGAGCUAUCAUCUGGGCUGAACUGGCUGAUAACUGGGAGCUGGAAACCAAGGGCCCCCCAAAAAGGAGAUCUGGGAGGACUUCCUGGAGGAAGAGACUUUGCACUGGUAAGAGUGAGGGAGAGCUCUGUCCAUGUGAGAGGCGUGGCCUUUUCUGACAAGUGGAGGCUGGGGUUGUUGGGUUGGGGGGCGCUAAGGGUGGGCCCUGCCCAGCUUCCCAGCCUCCUCUGUGAGGCCAGAGGGAGGGGGCCUGGUGAGUCUGGAACGACACAGGGUGGGGUGCCCAGGAGAGUGAGCCCAGGACCUGUGGGCACUAGGCAAGGCCAGAGAGGACCCACGAGGGAGGCCCGAGCUGGAGUGGCGUCCACUCUGGAUGUGGGCAUCUGGAUGGGCUGUGAAGAGUCCGGCACUGUCCUGCAAGCACUGCAUAGACUGGGCUGUGCUGAGUGUGGCCAGCCAGUAAGGGGCUGUUUGCUGGCUGGAGGGCACCUGGGAGCCACCUCCUGAGGCACUGCCGCGCCACCUUCCCCACACAGUCUCCCCUAAGGCAGAGUCAGGGCCAGGAGCCGGGCAGCCCUGGGAGGAGGGGACGGGCAGGGGCUGCAGCCUCUGCGCUGAGGUGUGACCUUGAGCAGCUCCUGGUCUUCCCUGGCCUCAGCUUCCUCACCUAUCAAGUGGGGGAAUAGAGGCCCCUGCCUCCCAGGUUAUCAGAGGACUCAGGAUGGCACAUGUGUGGGGUGCCCUCCGGGACCUGCCCCGGGCCACCAGCUCAGGGCUUUGCAGGCAUUUAGACUCUGGUGAGAAGAGGCUGAGCCCAGGGCAUCCGUGUGUCCUGCCCCCAAACGCGAACACGCAGGCACUCAGGAACCUGCAGGAGCUGUGGAGCCAGUGCAGUGAAGACGUGUGACCGAAACUGCACUGAACUGAUUCACACCGAUGAGCAGCUGCCGACAGUAACAGUGUCCAGCAUUCCUCUGGGCGCCUUCAGUUAGAUCGAGAGAGACAGGAGUGGGGAUGUUUUAGUUAUCAAAGCUGGCUCCCGGGUCUGGGUGCCAGGAUCAGGCAUGGGGGCUCCUGCAGCGAGCUCUGGGGGUCUCAGUGGAGGGGGCAGGGCUCUGGUCGUUCUGCUCCACCACGUGCUAGAAGGAGGGGCCCUGGGGCCAUGGCUGGCACUGGGCCCCACCCACUGCCUCCCUCGGACGGCUCGAUGGUGUGGGUCAUCCACUCCUGUUCUCCUCUGUCCCGCCUCCUUCAGGAGGUCUCCAGCACCUGGGACAAAGUCCCAGGUUCUGUGUCUGAACCUGGCAUUUGAUGCCCGAUGGACAAUAAGGGCUCCCCACGAGGCUGCUCCUCAGGGCUCAGGAUCUUCAGUCAGGCAAAGGCUCCCCAAGUUCCAGGCGUGCCGUCCUGGACUCCUGAGGCUGCCCGCCUGCCUCCGCAGGUCGUGUCUGUGCGAGUGGGAGUGAGCCGUGUGCUCCACAGACCCCUGACCUGUGCGCUUAUGACAGCCUCUCCUUUGCACAUGGCCUCGACUUGGCUGUCCGCCUCUCCCUGGCUGCCGACCUCCCAGUGCCCAGUUAUACCCAGGUCUCAGCCCACACUGGGUGGGGAAAUGCUGGUGCAAAACCUGGCUUAUUGGGGUUGCAGCCAAGUAGCCCUUGAUUCUUCCUACCACUCCGCUACCCGAGAGAGGACCUGCUCACCUCGCCUCUCUCUGCGGUUGGCACGGCUCAUCCUCUGGCUGGGGCAUGUGAUGCCUGGCCAAGGAUGUGGUGUCUGAGGCUCCCCUAUCUGUCUGCCCAGCUCCUUGCCCUUCCCUGCGUGGGGCCCGUCCCAGGAGAGCCUGCCCUGACCCUUCCCACCUGCCUGCCUGCGGUCAUCUGUCCCCUCCCAGGCUGCCGGCCUGGUCUGCACGGUCGAGCUUCAAUCCAUAGCGGAGGCCUUGGGCUGUGCUGCCGUCUGUCUAUCCGUCCGUAAAUCCAUCUAUCCCCUGCCAGCCCCUUCCCUCUGCACCCCCGGCUCAGCCAUGCCAUUCCUGGUUGGCCCUGGAGGUCCUAUUUGCUGGUCCUUGAGUUUCCCACUGAUUGUGAAGAGACAAUAAUUGUCCAGAGGGGAUCGAAGGGGUGCCUGUGUAGCCAGUCCACACUCUGAGGCCCUGGCCUCGGCCGUUGGUCAGGGGGGGUUUUCCACUUGUUGACAGAGGCGCCUCCCGUGGCAGUGGGGUGCAGGGUCUCCCCUGGGGAUGUGAGGCCGGUGAGGGAGGAAGGGGAGCAGGCAGGGGCCCGGGGCUCUCCAGACCUACCACCCCACCACCUCGCUGGUUCUCCUUGCCCGGAGCUCAAUGCGGGGAUCCCCGUGCCUGACCCUGGCAUCCACAGACCCGGGGGCCAGCUUCGAGGAGGCGCUGCUGGCUCUGGUGGAGGUGGUGACGUGGGGCUCUGGAGACUUGGGGGCCGCUCAUCCUUCUUCCUGUGGGCUCCACCGUAUUCAUCCUUGGGGGAUUAAUCUGAAGCUGUCCGUAGAAGCUGGACUGGGACCCUCAAGCCAGCCCUGGGCUGGGGCCAGCCAGGCCCUUCCUGCCUCGGAACUGCUGCACCUGCUGCCCCCAGACGGCUCUUGCCAACUCAAAGCUAAAGCAUAGCAGGCCAAGUCCCCCCCAUCCCCCACCCAACCCCUUUGUGCCCUCCCCCCACUACCCCACCCUGUGCUGCCUCCCCAGUAGCCUGGGUGCAGCUAUGGGGUGGGGGUGGGCGCAGCAACUGUAACCUGUCUCCCCACUCCCUGCCAUCUUUGGUCAUUGGUCAAGAGCUCAUCAGUGCUGAGUUAAGGACUCAGACAGGCCCCUGCCCCAGCCCCUACCUCACAUCCCUCUCAGCUGACCCCACCUCCUCCCCAAGACUUGGAUCCCAAAGGAGCCAGUGUCUGGGGGUCAUCCAGGCAGCACCCACCUCUUGUCCUUCCUCCCGCUGCUCGAUUCCACUUUCAGCCCCCUGCCCUGUGAUUUCAGGACAAAGCUCCCCAGGUGCAGGUCUGAAAGCUUCCACCUCCUUCAAGAGGUGGGCACGGGGGCCUAUGGGGCCCAGUGAUGCUGGCAAGGGGAGAGGGUGGGGUCCAGGCAGGGGCGGGGUUGGGGAUCCACAGUGGGAUGUGGGGCUGAACAGUUAUGUUCCGGUAGGUGGGGGCUGCAGAAAGAGCCCCGAGGGCUGGGGAGUCCCGGAGCUGGACCACGGGACUGGUGGUCCGCCUGCCAAGCCCAGCUUUUCGGACCCCAGGGCUGGGGCACACUCUUUGCACCCCGCUUUACAGAUGAGGAAAACGAGUCAGAGAGGGAGAGUUUAAGGGCAGGCUUCAAGCUGACUUCUGACCCAGAGACCCCCCAUUUUGAAAAAUCUCUUCUUCAGGCCUCAGGCCUGGAGGGCUGUGGGAGCCGCUCCUCUCUCGAUUGGAGGGUGGAGUGAUUGAUCGAUCAAUUCAUUGCCUUUACCCCCAUCAGUAUCUCUUCCCCCUUGGGACUCCUUCUGAGGAGCGUUGAGUGUGUAUCUCUUGUUUUUUGUAUUUUCCAGAAUGCUGUGUUGUUCUGGUGCGAGUAUUUUAAUCACUGUUAGUGGGGUGCAAACGUUUUGGCCUCAGGACCGCUUCACGCUUUUUUUUUUGAGACAGAGUCUCACCCAGGCUGGAGUGCAGUGGUGCGAUCUCAGCUCACUGCAACGUCUGCUUCCCAGGUUCAAUUGAUUCUUCUGCCUCAGCCUCCUGAGUAGCUGAGAUUACAGGCAUGCACCACCACGCCUGGCUAAUUUUUGUAUUUUUAGUAGAGACGGAAUUUCACCAUGUUGGGCCAGGCUGGUCUCAAACUCCUGACAUCAGAUGAUCCACCCUCCUUGGCCUCCCAAAGUGCUGGGAUUACAGACGUGAGCCACUGCAUCUGGCCCCAACACUCUUAGCAGCUGUUGAGAAGCCCAAGGAGCUUUGGUUUUGGGGUGCUGUCUGUAGUGUGUGCUGGAGCAGGCUUGCACAUGCUCACCAGAGCCUGUGGUAGCAUCUCCAGUAAUCUCAUCAGCUGUUUGUUGGACACAACCAUUAUUCAAAUCAAAUUAAACUAAUUAAAUUAUGUAAAACACAGAAAUACUAUAAAAAGCAAAGGAAAUAAAUACUCAAAAUGUA